AUAAUUACGGCUUACCUAUGGUCUACAUGGACGCGAUGCUUGCAGCCAUUCCUUUGGUUUGUUCUCCGACUACACCUCAGCCAAGGGCACCAAGAACAGUGGAAUCAAUUACUCGCUUUGAGAGGAAUGAGCCUUCUCAACCAUCCAUCUAUCCGAGAAACACUAUACACUUGGAACAAUCCAAAGGUUGCUUACAUGUGUUCGUGGGCUUUCGAGGUGCUCAAGUCUGAUCGCUGUUCUCUGGGACUUGAUUUCCGUCAUUUUCAUCAGAGGUAUGCGGUGCUGCAUGGAACGAAGGAAGCCCGAUGCUUAUGGAAAUCUAAAGACUCCUGUGAUGGUGGCCACCCACUUGGAUGCGGAAGGUUCCAAGACGAGCGGCUUGUCUCAGAUGAACAAUCCAUACACGAUUGUCAUGCGAAAAAUUGCUCAAGAUUGACAUGGAAUAGAGAUUUUUACAUUUCAAUCUCUGGACCGGUGGCCGUUUCCCUUGAAACAUCGAAAAAACAGGUCAAAUACAAUCAAGCGACAGAGUUGACAAUGGCAAUUUCUCAUGUGUGGAGCCACGGACAUGGAGGACGGCCUGACACUGGGAUAAAUAAAUGUCUCCAUGCGCGAUUUUCAGAAAUCGCAAAACAGCAUGGCUGCGAUCCAUACUGGAUCAAUACUCUCUGCAUUCCGGCCGAACGUGAAUUGAGAAAGGAAGCCAUCGGGUUUAUUAACCGAAUCUUUGCUCAAAGCAAAGUGGUGCUUGUACUGGAUAGAGAUUUGAUGGACAUUGACACUUCAGAUCUAACCAUUGAGUUAGUGGAGUCUCUACUGGCCACCUUCUUAGUGUGCGACUGGAAUGUCCGUGGCUGGACGAUGCUUGAAGCAAUGAAAGGCUGCCAUAAUCUUUACAUUUUGUGUAAGGAUAAUCGGGCCGUCUCACUCCGGGACUGUCUAAUUAGAGUGCAUCAAACGGGAAGGGUUGAUCUUGCAGUUCUGUUCCUAUCAACACAACAUCUCCUUCCUUCAUCAACAGAUCCAUUUCGCAGAUCAUCUUCAAGGAAGGGACUUGAGGGAGCCAUGAGCCUCCUAAGCCAUUGGCACGCCACUAGAGAAGGGGACGACAUUGUGAUCUGGUCAUUGAUCAGUGGUAUUGAAGUGUUCUUCAACGCAGAAAGCCUCUGGAGAAGUCGAAUUGACUGCACGGUUAAAACGGCUUUCUUGAUGUCUUCUUCGCCGCGGCUGGAAAACGUUAAGGGGUUCUCAUGGGCUCCAAAAACCCCGUAUGUUCGGCGAUUAUCGCAAGGUUCAGCUGUGGACCUGCUUGGUCCGUACUUGGCAUACGAUGGAGAAGAAAGCCGAGAAGCGAAAAUAACCAAUCGAGGCCUUGCUGGACAUUGGCUCGUUUAC